CACAUUUCCUCCGGACCGGUUGGUUUUCUCUAAAACGGGUGAAUCGGCGGUCCCCAGCCCUCUUGGCUUCUUGCACGAGUGGCAGUGUAGUACUACUGCCCGAGACUAGAGAGUACAGAGUACAGAGUACAGAGAAGCUCUUACAAAUUUCAGGGGACUCUGCUCUUUCCGUCUACCAAAUUUCAAUUCUUCUGCAAAUGCAUAUGGAUAUGGUGGCGACUGCUUCGCCUGCUCCUUCGCUAACCUGCGCGCUUCUUCCCUUCCGAGGGUCUCGUGGAGUUCCAGGACCAGUUCAUUGCUGGCAAUGGAGGAGAAAGCCGAAACAAUGUUUAAGAAAAGCUGGUCCUGCUAUAGUGACUGCAAAAUUUGAGUUGAAACCACCCCCAUAUCCACUGAAUGCUUUGGAGCCACAUAUGAGUCAGGAAACACUAGAGUACCACUGGGGAAAACACCAUAGAGGUUAUGUGGACAACUUGAACAAGCAAAUAGUAGGAACGGAGUUAGAUGAAAAGCCAUUGGAAGACAUAGUUAUUGCUUCAUACAACAAGGGCAAUCUACUUCCAGCAUUCAACAAUGCUGCACAGGUCUGGAACCAUGAUUUCUUUUGGGAAUCAAUGAAACCAAGUGGUGGCGGAAAACCAUCUGGAGAUCUUCUGAAAUUGAUUGAAAGAGACUUUGGUUCUUUUGAAAGUUUUGUCAAGGAGUUCAAGUCAGCUGCAUCCACGCAGUUUGGUUCUGGUUGGGCCUGGCUUGUCUACAAAGCAAAUAGACUUGAUGUAGAAAAUGCUACCAAUCCUCAUCCAUCAGAGGAAGAUAAAAAGCUUGUAAUUGUGAAGAGUCCCAACGCUGUAAACCCUCUUCUUUGGGAUUACUCUCCGAUCCUGACUAUUGAUGUUUGGGAGCAUGCUUACUACCUUGACUUUCAGAACCGGCGUGCUGAUUACAUAUCAGUCUUCAUGGAGAAGCUUGUAUCAUGGGAAGCAGUGAGUUCUAGACUUGAAAUUGCGAAGGCUCGAGCUGCACGGAGAGAAAGAGAAGAAGAAGAAAGGAGAAAAAGAGAGGAAGAGGCCGAUCCAGUCAUAAUAGGUAAACCUUAUGAGACGUAUGUGAAGGCUGAAAAUUAUGAUUCAGAGGCUGAAUAAAUGACUUGUUGCUCGUUUUUGCAACAAAAUCAGACCAUGGUCUCUUCUUUAGCUGCCGUUUUAUACACCCAAAUGUUAACAUAGGGAUGAUGCAUAGAUGCUCGAACUGAUACAGAGAGGAUUUUUAUGUUCCAUCCAUGAGAGAAUUCUGUAUAUUUGGCUAUGCUGUUUUGUCAAAUAUGCAGUAAACUGCAGCUGCAAUGCAAAAAAAAGUUGAUGCAUAAUGCAUUGUUUUCAGAUUCUUGCAGUCGUAGUUUUAUAAAUUUGUCUUGUAAAUCCUUUUUGUUACUUCUUUCCUGUUAUUGAGGGUGACACACCGAAGCAAGGUAAGAAUGAAAUUGUCAAUAAAAAGGUCGAAACCCUAUAUUUCAA